AUGGCCGGCUCUCGCGAUCCUGCAAACCAUUGCAAGGUAUGGAUUACCCUGACUCCGAGUCAAGCGAAGGCUGAAGCUUGGGGAUUCAGAGAGUUGAAUCAGUCGUACACGGUUUUUGUCAAGCGCAGCGAGGAAGGCCAGGCCUAUACCAAAUACCUGAUUCGAUCGUUCACCCUGGACAAGGAGGAGUCCUUCUGUGGACAUGGCAUCAUGGGGGCAGCACUUGUGCUGGGACAGCGCUUCGCAGCAGGUGGAAGACAAAUGAUCUUUGAAACGGUCGGCGGGAUCAGGGUCGACGGUUACAUGGUAUCGGCUCCAUCAUCAGAGUCAUGUGAAGGAGAAUACGGAAAAGUCUGCACGGUGAAGCUUGAGAUCCCUGCUGAGCCAGUUAAAGAGUGGUUUGACGACGACGUGGAGCUUCGCGAAAGCAUUUCGAAGUGCCUUGGGGUCGAGAAGGCGCAGAUUUUGGCGCUGGGACGGAAUGCUUUGAUGGAUCUUGUGAUCGAGAUGAGCGAAGAGGUCGACUUCUCCGCGGAAAGCAUGACAGUUGAUGCGGUGGGCUUGAUGAAUGCUUCUCCUUCCGAGACAAGAAGCCAGAUUAUUACGAGUAGAGGGGGUCGAUACGGGGUCGACUUCGCAAAGCGCGUGUUCGCAUAUGGAGGUGAAGGGCUCCCGUGGGGGGCUGAUAUGAUCCCAGACCAAGCGACAGGGUCAACACACUGCCUUUUGAUACCGUAUUGGGCUUCCAGGUUGAGCAAGACGGCCAUGAAGGCGAAGCAAGUCUCUGCUCGGACAGGGAUGGUCGAUGCAGAGAGCAUUGCGUCCAAGGAGGGAUAUGUAGCGGUGACGGGAUCAGGAAUAACGGUGAUGCAAGGGAAGAUGUUGGUUCCUGAGCCUAGCCCACACGAGAAGGGGCCCUGA